CUUGCGUUAUAUAUAAUAAUUUCUAAAACUUAAAACACAUCUUAAAUUUAUAUUUUACAAAAUAAUAAUGACUUCGGAAUCGCUGUCCGAUAAUGAGAUAGAAUUAGUGAAAAAUAGUUGGGAUGUCGUUAAAAAAGAUGGCAAACACUUCGGUAAUCAGCUAUUUAUAGAUUUCUUCACGAAACAUCCGACAUAUCAGCAAAAUUUUAAAUCAUUGGCAAACAUCCCAUUAAGCGAAUUGGGCUCAAGUAAACGCCUGUUAGCGCACACCACAGGUGUUAUGUACGCUUUGACAUCACUGGUCGACAAUCUGGACGACACCGAAGUGGUGGUCGAAAUGUUGGCCAAAACCGGUGACAAUCAUCGCCGCCGUCGGCUCGACGUCCGCGCGUUUGACGAGUUGGGAGUCGUCUUCAUUGACCUCUUGAGGACCGCAUUAGGCGCUAAUGUAUUGGACGGACAGCUAUUGAACGCCUGGAGUAAAACCUAUUCCCUUAUUGUCGCACACAUUAAGACCGCAUUUCAAUGAUUUUUUUGUGGAGAAGUGUGAGAAAAAUAGAAAUAAAUGUUUAUUUUUCUUGCAA